GGAUCAGAAUGUUCUCUCUCCAGUCAACUGCUGGAAUCUCCUCUUAAACCAAGUGAAGCGGGAGAGCAGGGACCACACCACCCUGAGUGACAUCUACUUGAAUAACAUCAUUCCUCGAUUUGUCCAAGUCAGCGAGGACUCAGGAAGACUCUUUAAAAAGAGUAAAGAAGUUGGCCAGCAGCUCCAAGAUGAUUUGAUGAAGGUCCUGAACGAGCUCUAUUCGGUCAUGAAGACAUAUCACAUGUACAAUGCCGACAGCAUCAGUGCUCAGAGCAAACUCAAGGAGGCAGAGAAGCAGGAGGAGAAGCAAAUUGGUAAAUCGGUAAAGCAGGAAGACCGGCAGACCCCACGCUCCCCUGACUCCACAGCCAACGUUCGCAUUGAGGAGAAACAUGUGCGGAGGAGCUCAGUGAAGAAGAUCGAGAAGAUGAAGGAGAAGCGCCAAGCCAAGUACACAGAGAAUAAACUGAAGGCCAUUAAAGCCCGGAACGAGUACUUACUGGCUUUGGAGGCAACCAAUGCAUCUGUCUUCAAGUACUACAUCCACGACCUGUCUGACCUUAUUGAUCAGUGUUGUGACUUAGGCUACCAUGCUAGCCUGAACCGGGCUCUGCGCACCUUCCUCUCUGCCGAGUUAAAUCUGGAACAGUCAAAGCAUGAAGGUCUGGAUGCCAUUGAGAAUGCAGUGGAAAACCUGGAUGCCACCAGUGACAAGCAGCGCCUCAUGGAGAUGUACAACAAUGUCUUCUGCCCCCCUAUGAAGUUUGAGUUCCAGCCCCACAUGGGCGACAUGGCUUCCCAGCUCUGUGCCCAGCAGCCUGUCCAGAGUGAGCUGGUGCAGAGAUGCCAACAACUGCAGUCUCGCUUAUCCACUCUAAAGAUUGAGAAUGAAGAGGUAAAGAAGACAAUGGAGGCCACCCUGCAGACCAUCCAGGACAUUGUGACUGUUGAGGAUUUCGAUGUGUCUGACUGCUUCCAGUACAGCAACUCCAUGGAGUCUGUCAAGUCCACAGUCUCAGAAACCUUCAUGAGUAAACCUAGCAUUGCUAAGAGGAGAGCCAACCAGCAGGAGACAGAGCAGUUUUAUUUCACGAAAAUGAAGGAGUACCUGGAGGGCAGGAACCUCAUCACUAAAUUACAAGCCAAGCACGACCUUCUGCAGAAAACCCUAGGAGAAAGUCAGCGGACAGAUUGCAGUCUAGCCAGGCGUAGCUCAACUGUGCGGAAACAGGACUCCAGCCAAGCAAUUCCUUUGGUGGUGGAAAGCUGUAUCCGGUUUAUCAGCAGACAUGGACUACAACAUGAAGGAAUUUUCCGGGUGUCAGGAUCCCAGGUGGAAGUGAAUGACAUCAAAAAUGCUUUUGAGAGAGGAGAGGACCCGCUGGCUGGGGACCAGAACGACCACGACAUGGAUUCCAUAGCUGGUGUCCUGAAACUUUAUUUCCGGGGGCUGGAACACCCUCUCUUCCCCAAGGACAUCUUUCAUGACCUGAUGGCCUGCGUUACAAUGGACAACCUGCAGGAGAGAGCUCUGCACAUCCGGAAAGUCCUGCUGGUCCUGCCCAAAACCACUCUGAUUAUCAUGAGAUACCUCUUUGCCUUCCUCAAUCAUUUAUCACAGUUCAGUGAAGAGAACAUGAUGGACCCCUACAACCUCGCCAUCUGCUUCGGGCCCUCACUGAUGUCAGUGCCGGAGGGCCACGACCAGGUGUCCUGCCAAGCCCACGUGAAUGAGCUGAUCAAAACCAUCAUCAUCCAGCAUGAGAACAUCUUCCCCAGCCCUAGGGAGCUGGAGGGCCCUGUCUACAGCAGAGGAGGAAGCAUGGAGGAUUACUGUGAUAGCCCUCAUGGAGAGACUACCUUGGCUGAAGACUCCACCCAGGAUGUGACCGCAGAGCACCACACAAGUGAUGACGAGUGUGAGCCCAUUGAGGCCAUUGCCAAGUUUGACUAUGUGGGCCGGACAGCCCGAGAGCUGUCCUUCAAGAAGGGGGCAUCCCUGCUGCUUUACCAGCGGGCUUCCGACGACUGGUGGGAAGGCCGGCACAAUGGCAUUGACGGACUCAUCCCCCAUCAGUACAUCGUGGUCCAAGACACCGAGGACGGUGUCGUGGAGAGGUCCAGCCCCAAGUCUGAGAUUGAGGUCAUUUCUGAGCCACCUGAAGAAAAGGUGACAGCCAGAGCGGGGGCCAGCUGUCCCAGUGGGGGUCAUGUAGCCGAUAUUUAUCUUGCAAACAUCAACAAGCAAAGGAAGCGUCCAGAAUCUGGAAGCAUCCGGAAAACAUUUCGGAGUGACAGCCAUGGGUUGAGUGGUUCCCUGACUGACUCCUCCUCCCCAGGGGUGGGGGCUAGCUGCCGCCCGUCCUCACAACCCAUCUUGAGCCAGAGUCUUCCCAAGGAAGGGCCAGAAAAGUGUUCCGUCAGUGGGCAUGGGAGCCUCAACUCCAUCAGCCGCCAUUCAUCCCUGAAGAAUCGGCUGGACAGUCCACAGAUCCGGAAGACGGCCACAGCAGGAAGGUCAAAAAGCUUCAAUAACCAUCGGCCCAUGGACCCUGAGGUCAUUGCACAGGAUAUUGAGACAACAAUGAACUCGGCCCUGAACGAGCUGCGGGAACUAGAGCGACAGAGCAGCGUCAAGCACACCCCUGAUGUGGUUCUGGACACCUUGGAGCCCCUCAAAACCUCCCCGGUGGUGGCCCCCACAUCGGAACCCUCCAGCCCCCUGCACACCCAGCUUCUCAAGGACCCAGAGCCAGCCUUUCAGCGCAGCGCCAGUACUGCUGGGGACAUCGCCUGCGCCUUCCGGCCUGUCAAGUCUGUCAAGAUGGCUGCCCCGGUCAAACCACCAGCCACACGGCCCAAGCCCACUGUCUUCCCCAAAACAAAUGCCACUAGCCCUGGUGUCAACUCAUCAGCUUCCCCACAGUCUACUGACAAGUCUUGUACUGUCUGAGGCGUAUAAUUUAAUUCUAGACAAGGGGACUGACUGAUAUUAAAAUCUUCCUAUUUAACUAGCUUGGGGACUUCAGUUGAAAAUUAGAUUCUAAGUUCUUGCAGGAAUUAGCCUCCCCAUUACCUAAAACCUUGAGAAUGAAGCCCUCAUUGUCUCCUUCCACUUCCCUUCCCGCUGCCCUAUUUCCCCCGGUCGUCGUAAUCCAGCCAGCUGCAGUUCAUGCCGUUCUUAGGCUAGCCAGAGACAGAGUUUUUCAUUAUCAAGUCACUGUGAAAUCUGGCAAGGCACGUCGUAAGGACGUGAGCACAAGACUCGGUCCCCUCAGACCAUGGGGAUGCCUUGACCAGAUAGUUGGCUACUGCCAUCUAGCUCUCAGUGGCAUCUUGUUUUGGGUACUGAUUAUAGAGAAUCAUAUAUAGUCCAUUCUUCAUUUUACACACACACACACACACACACACACACACACACACACACACACGUAGCUUUUCUAUCUCUGGCAUGUGUAGCCUCUCCUGUUCAUAGACCAGUCCCUUUGUAAGUUAUUGUGGCAGUUCACACAGGAGCCACCAGGGGUCUCCAUUUCCGUUACAAACUUUGUUCCCUCUGGGCCAGAGAUCCUGGCCUUUGAAAUCUCUCCAUCACAUGAGAUUUCACAGGAUGGAGCAGUCCUGUAACCUGUCUGGGGCUGGGGGCUUUCUCUCUGUUUUCUUUCUGUUGGUGUGAAUUGGUCAUUGGUGUCUGCUCUUGCUCUCCUCCGUCCUCUAGAAGUACACUCCAAUCUUAUUAAGGAACGUUUAAAGUUUUUCUGAAUGUAUAGAUACUUCCCGGGUUCCUAUAUUUGUCCCUGAUGGACCAUUUUCCAUUUAAGACAUUUUCCUGUAUAAGAUGGUUUUAUAGCUGGUUCCUUUUAGGGUAAAGAGUCUUUAAGGGAGUUUUAUUGUGUUUGUGGCAGGUUUGAAAAAGGUAAGAAAUGGGUCCUUCUUCCCCUUACUUUUGUUUUUGACACUCAAAACAUUAAAUUCAUUUUUCUAUUAAAAAAUUAAAUUCAGCUUUGCUAACCCCAAAAUUGUUCCCAAAUGAAAAUGUAUUUUAAGUUCACCUCUUAUUUUGGUUAUUUUGUAAGGUCUCUCUUCCGGGACCAAGAGGGGCUUGGAGAGCCCUAGUUAGAAUAAGGAGAGACACUGUCCCUUAAAAUUAGUUUUCAUUUAUCCAAACAAGGACAACUAAGGGUACUUUGACCUCACAAGCUCUAAAUCCUUCCCAAAGCCAGACUCUAAAGAAAAUUAAAGAUUCGAUGCUGAA